AUGAACCUUCCAACGGUCCAAAUCUUGUUAGAUACGUGGAUUCUGGGUAUCUCUCCGAUCCACAUAAGGGUCGCUCCAAAACUGGUUAUGUUUACUUGUGGAAAUACAACGAUCUCAUGGCGAUCUACCAAACAAACUUUGGUUGCUACCUCUUCUAAUCAUGCUGAAAUUCUUGCGCUCCAUGAGGCCAAUAAAGAAUGUGUUUGGUUAAGAUCCCUAGUUCAUCAUAUUCGAAAAACAUGUGAUCUUUCUUCAACAACAAAAGCUCCGACAAUCAUGUAUGAAGAUAAUGUUGCUUGUAUAGCUCAAAUUAAAGAAGGGUUUAUCAAGGGUGACAGAACCAAACAUAAACUACCAAAGUUCUUCUACCCACAUGAGCUUCAGAAGCUUCAGAAGAAUCAAGAGAUUGAAGUCAAACAAAUUCGUUCCCAAGAUAACCUAGCAUACCUCUUCACCAAAGCUCUUCCGAAGUAUAUAUUUAAGAAGUUUGUAUAUGGUAUCGGGAUGCGACGACUUUACAAGCAAUCAGACUGUUGA